GCAGUUCUUUCCCCCCGCCGGUCAGAGACGAGAGGCGGGGCUUAGCCUCGCCGGAAGACAGCGUCUCUAUGGUGACGGCGGCCGGAACCGGAAGCGGGGCCUGAAGGGACAAGAGAGGCGAGCUGAGGGAAUCACGAUGGAAAUGAAACGUCUGAGCGUCUGGCUGGUGGUGCUGCUCUUCCUCGUCCUGUCCCUCCAAAUCUUGUUGGCCAUUGAUUUCGACCCAUACCGGGUCCUGGGGGUCAGCCGGACGGCCAGCCAGGCCGAGAUCAAGAAGGCCUACAAGAAGCUCGCCCGGGAAUGGCAUCCUGACAAAAACAAGGACCCCGGAGCAGAAGACAAGUUCAUUCAGAUUAGCAAAGCCUACGAGAUCCUGUCCAACGAGGAGAAGCGUCUGAGCUUUGACCGCUACGGGGACGUGGGCGAGGGUCCGGGCUCGGCGCAGGCCCCGCACCAGCCCCCUCCGCGCCACUUCCACCACUUCCACGACAGCUUCUACUUCGACGAGUCCUUCUUCCACUUCCCCUUCCACGCGGAGCGGCGCGAGGCCUCCUCCUCCUCGGACGAGCGCCACUUGCUCCACUUCUCGCUCUACGCCAGCGAGGUGGUGCCCGAGAGCUUCCGCAAGCCCUACCUCAUCAAGAUCACCUCCGACUGGUGCUUCAGCUGCAUCCACAUCGAGCCCGUCUGGAAGGAGGCCGCCCAGGAGCUGGAGGCCCUCGGGGUGGGGAUUGGUGUGGUGCACGCGGGCUACGAGCGGCGCCUGGCGCACCACCUGGGGGCCCACAGCACCCCCUCCAUCCUGGGGCUCAUCAACGGGAAGGUCACCUUCUUCCACAACGCCGUCGUGCGGGAGAACUUGCGCCAGUUCGUGGAGAGCCUGCUCCCGGGGAACCUGGUCGAGAAGAUCACAGAUAAGAACUACGCCCAGUUCCUGUCCAACUGGAAAAAGGAGAACAAGCCCCACGUCCUCCUGUUUGACCACAUGCCCCUCGUGCCGCUCCUCUACAAGCUGACGGCCUUUGCCUACCGGGAGCACCUGUCCUUUGGCUACGUCUCGGUGGGCCUUCGGGGGACGGAGGAGCUCUCCAGCCAGUACAACAUCAACGUCUACACGCCCACCAUGAUGGUCUUCAAGGAGAACGUGGAGAAGCCCGCCGACGUCAUCCAGGCGCGUCCGAUGAAGAAGCAGCUGAUGGACGACUUCCUGUCGCAGAACAGGUUCCUCCUGGCGUCCCGGCUGACCAGCCAGAGGCUCUUUGGGGAGCUGUGUCCGGCCCGGAAGGCCCACCGGCCGCGCAGGUCGUGCGUGGUGCUGGUGACGGGCGAGGGGCCGGCCUACGAGCCCCCCUACCAGGCCUUCCUGGCCUUCGCCCUGGCCAACGCCCGGGACUCCCUCCGCUUCGUCCACAUCUACAGCAACUACCAGCAGCACUUCGUCCACGCCGUCCUCCCCGACCAGGAGGCGCUCCGGGGGAAGUCGGCGGUGGUCAUCCUGGAGCGGCUGAACGACGUGGGCAGGGUGGCCUACAAGGCCCUGGAGGACCCCUGGACCGGGAGCCACGAGGACCACUUCCUGCUCCUGGACCUCUUGACCCAGCUGCGCACCGACCCGGGAUUCCUCUCCCAAGACGCCGUCCUCGUGGACCUCAACGACGAACUCGCCCCCGUUUUCUUCCUGCGGUGGAUCUAUUCCGGCGUUGACUACCUCUCCGACUGCUGGGACAGUCUCUUCCAUAGCAACUGGCGAGAAAUGAUGCCUCUCUUGUCCUUGAUUUUCUCGGCCCUCUUCAUCCUCUUCGGGACGGUGAUCGUCCAGGCCUUCAGCGACUCGAGCGACAAGCGGGAUUCUCCUCCGCCCAAGAAGGACGAGGGGCCUUCCAAGAGCGAGAGGAACGAGGCCGGCGUCAACAAAGAGAGCAGGGUGCCCAAGAAGGGCUUUGUGGAGGUGACGGAGCUGACGGACAUCACCUACACCAGCAACCUGGUGCGCCUGCGGCCCGGGCACAUGAACGUGGUGCUGGUCCUCUCCAACGCCACCAAGACCCCCCUCCUGCAGAAGUUCGCCCUCGAGGUCUACACCUUCACCGGGAGCAGCACCCUGCACUUCUCCUUCCUGAACCUGGACAAGCACCGGGAGUGGCUGGAGACGGUGCUGGAGUUCGCCCAGGACGCGGCCCCCAUCCCCAACCAGUACGACAAGCACUUCCUGGAGCGGGACUACGCCGGCCACGUCCUGGCCCUCAACGGACACAAGAAGUACUUCUGCCUCUUCAAGCCCUGCCGCGGGGGGGAGGAGACCGGCCCCGAGGCCCGGCCCAGCGAGGACGAGCAGCCCCCCGACCGGGGCAAGGCCUCCUCCGCAUCCUCCAGCCCACAGGCCCGGCUGGCCAAGCGGAAACUCAACCGGCUCGCCUUGUGGAUGGAGCGGCUCUUGGAGGGCUCCUUGCAGAGGUUCUACCUCCCUUCCUGGCCGGCGCUAGACUGACAAAUCGAUCGGACCACUCUAUCGUCGGACUUACGAACAAAGGAAUAUUCGCUCUCGUUGCAUCCCAGUUUUUGUCCUGUCAAAAAAGGGGAGGCAACUUUUGAGAUUGUGCUAUCGUCGGACUUACGAAUGAAAGGAUAUUCGCUCUUGUCAUGUCCGGAUUUUCGGCCUGUCGAAAAAUCGGAGGCAGGUUUUGAGACCACGCUAUCGUCGGACUUACGAACAAAGGAAUAUUCGUUCUCGCUACAUCCCAUUUUUUGUCCUGUCGAAAAACGGGCGGUAGCAUUUUAGACCACACUAUCGUCGGACUUACGAAUGAAAGAAUAUUCGCUCUUGUCGUGUCCGGAUUUUUGUCCUGUCAAAAAAGCGGAGGCUGCUUUUUAGACCGCGCGAUCGUCGGACUUACGAAUGAAAGGAUAUUCGUUCUCGCUACAUCCCAAUUUUUGUCCUGUCGAAAAACCUCACUAUCGUCGGACUUACGAAUGAAAGAAUAUUCGUUCUCGCUACAUCCUAUUUUUUGUCCUGUCGAAAAAUGGGUGGUAGCUUUUUAGACCACGCUAUUGUCAGACCGACGAGCAAAGGGAUAUUCGCUCUCGUCACAUCCUGCCAUCUUCGUGUUGUUGUUUUUCUCGGGUGUUUUUCUAACCCUCGUUGCUUCUACCGCGCAAUAUUUUUGGGUGGAUUUUCGUUCCGUCCUCCUUUCUUCUGUUUUUCUCGGGAGUUUGGGUGUCUCUUUCCUCGCAUGAAAAACCAACCCAUUUCUCGAUGUAAUAGACGUAGCGAAGGACCUCCUUCGGUGGAUUUACGAGGCCGAAAUCCCUCCCGCGAAUGCAAUAAAUCCACGUUUUUUGCAGGAAGCCCGAGCCAACGAAACUCUCCCAUCGACGAGCUAGUGAAAUGUGUGCCGUCCUCUUGUUUUCCUUCUAUUUUGGAGCCAUACAAAGCUGCUACGAGCCAAUUGAAAGAAGAAUAAAAGCUUUUUAAAAUUAUCCUUAACCAUUAUGGAUCUUUUGGACAGCAAUGAGCCGAAAGGCAUGAUUUUCCUCUCGACGAUUUUUUUUCCCCGUCUGAAUGUAAGCCUUUUAUUUUUUAUUAUUUUUAUUUUUGGAAGAUGUCGGUUUGUUUAGAAAACUGCGAGGCUGCCUUAUUGCUAUCUGCCCUGCCAUUCCCUAUAAUCAAUAUAAUAUUUUUCCAGUGGCAUCCCAGAGGGCCACUUCACCCCCACAUACAUACAUAUAUUGACUUUUAUAUGUGUAGAUAAUAAGAUAUAUAUAUAUAUAUAUAUAUCUAAUCUAUACAUCCUAAUCUUUCAUAGGGUUGUCAAGGCAGAACCACUGGGAGUUGUAGUCCCGCUGAGUAAUAAUAGUAAGGAUUGCGAGCUCAGAGUGAACACUAUACAAUAGAUAAUGCGUUUAGAUUUAUCAUUGAAGGAUAUGCAAAGAUGUUGAAAUGUUUGAUUGACAGCGUAUACAUUUUGGCAUUUCGAUCGAACCCAUCCGGAACAUUUCUCACCCAAACCGGAACCAAGUAAAGAAUGGGAUCUCGGUACGUAUGUGUAUCUGUAUAUGCCGUUCGGUUCUCGCAACGUCCUUCUGAUCCUUUGGUCAGUUUAGAAAGAGCGCCGGAUAUUUUGCACUUUUUGAUACUCUUGUUGGGAUGGAAUAAAUAAUUUAUUGGACAAGAUUCUUUAUUUUGCAUUUGUAAACAAGUACUGAUUCUAGUAUUUUUUUUGUUUCGCUUCGAAGGCGUGCGGAUCGGCAAAAAUAGGAAAAUAAACUUGUGUCAACGCGCGA